CUGCCCGCUGCCACAGCCAGAGACGAGCUGCCGCCUCCUCCUACCGCCGCCUCCUCCUAACACGGCGGCGACGCACCCGCAUCGCAACUCGCGCUAACACUUGCUCGCUAGAUCUCGGGGUGAAACUAGAACGUCCUUCAUCUUCUCGGGAACGACCAAGUCACUUCGCUUCUCCACACUUUGUUUGGUCCAGCCCCCGUUAGCUACUCCUCCGAGAAGCGCUCUUCUAGGAUGCCGGGAGCGGGCGGCCGCCUACGCCUGCCCUCGCUGGGCACCGACUCGCCCUCCAGGUCCUCCUCUGGGGCGGCCGGCGGCGGCGCGGUCAGCCAGCAGCAGCGCGUCGUGGUGAUGGGCGCGGCGCGCGUCGGCAAGUCGGCCAUCAUCUCGCAGUUCCUGUACGACCGCUGGCCGGCCAAGUACCGCCAGACGGUGGAGGAGCUGCACCGCGGCGAGUACGAGCUGCCAGAUGGCGCCGCGCUCACGCUCGACAUCCUGGACACGGCGGGCGCGCACCAGUUCCCCGCCAUGCGCGCCCUCUCCAUCGCCACGGCGCACGCCUUCCUGCUCGUGUACGCCGUCGACGACGACGCCUCCUGGGAUGAGGUGCGCCGCCUCCGGCAGCAGAUUGUGGAAGCGCGUGGCAACGGCGUGCCCAUAGUGGUGGUGGGCAAUAAGGAUGACCUGCCGGACGCCGAGAGGCAGGUGGCGCGCGAGGUGGCCGAGACGACGGCACUAUUCGAGUGGGAGUGCGGCUACGUGGAGUGCUCGGCCAAGGAGAACACGCAUAUCAUCGACGUGUUCAAGGCGCUGCUGGCGCAGGCCAAGGUGCGCUACAACCUUAGCCCGGCCGUGCGCCGCCGCCGCCAGUCGCUGCCCAACUACCCGACCGGGCAGCAAGCCCGCGGCACGCGCUACAUGCUCAAGAGGAACUCCUGCUCCGUCGCAUGA